AAUUUGGUAGAGUUGAACUACGCCCGAAGCUAGGGGCGAACAAGGUCGCGCCCGAAAGCCACGGUCUUGAGGUGAUUACGAUGGUCCCUGAAAGGGACGCGACCUUCGGUCCUACUUUUCUUUCAAUAGGAGGCAGCGAACAAGUGCCCAAUCGUGGAACCCAGCCGUCCCCUUCCGAUUUGUCUCGGUUUCAGUCUGUCGUUUCUCGGGACAAAAUUUCGCUUACUAAAAUUCCGCUCACUCUCGUGAGUCGUGAAGGCUGAGAAAAAGAACUUACCAAACGCCACAAAGUAUAUAGUACAGUAAUUUCACCAGCAACACGAUUUUGAUUUCAUAGCAAUUUGAGUUUCCGUGGAUACUUUCUGGCAUAGAGAGUUGGCAACCUUGAGGUCGACACUUGCACACUUGCGGACGCGGGAAAAGCAGUAAUGCAAUCGCAACAUGAACGAGAAAUUCCACGAAAUUGCAGAAUGCUUUCGUUUAAAUCGCAUAAAACGUUGUCGUCAUCUUCUUACUCAGCUAAAGCCAGACGAAGACGCAGCAGGUGAACUCAUCACUGUACACAACAUAAAAGUUUGUGAGGUCGAGGUAAAUAUGCGGAACAGUGAGGUCCAAACAUCGCCGUCUGACUUACUGAGGUUGUUUGAACAACUGCAAGACACAACUGACAGUCGCUUAUUCAGCCUAUCCUGUGGCGUAUUCUACAACGAAUCCACAUGUUCUGAGAUACACACAGCUAAGUUAAGACAACACUGUGUUAUCCUACUAAAGAAAGCAUUACAUCUUUGUGGUUUCGCACCACUGGACCUUGUCAGAGAAGAGGAACUGGUAUCAACUUUCAGGCGCAUUGCGGAAUGCCUCAUGACAGAGAAGAAAGAAGCACUUUGGUUCCUUAAACUAGCAAUCAAUGGUUUUGUUAAACGUCUCUUAGACGAAAGGCAACUGAACGAGGGUCUCCUAUGGCUGUCUGCUGCUUCAACUGUCAGCAUCCCUCAAGAGCAGGAAGACUGGCUGCGGGUCGUCCACCAGGCUGACCACUCCUCCUUGUUGUCACUGGAGAGCAUCUUAAAUGCGAUUGGGCACUACGUCUGCGGUCAGCUGUCCGCUGCUGACAGUUCCCUCCAGCAGGUGGACUGUCCAGCUCUUCACCCUCACCUGGCUUAUUUUAGAGGCGCACAAAUAUCCUCCACGCGUCCUGCAGCCCAUCUCGCGUGGGAGCGGAAGAUGCCGGUGGACGCCGCGGUCGUGGAUUCGGUGGGCGGGUCGUCCUUGUACAACCUCGCUGGUUGCUGGUUGGCUGGACAGGAGAAGCUGGCGUCUGCCCUCGAGUAUUUCUACAUGGCCCUGAGGCGAGACCCACAAAACCUGCUGGCACUGUGGAACGUCGCGACAUGCUUCAGAAGGAAGGGGCUACCAGACAUCGAGCUUCUUCGUCUGCUCUCCGAGGAAGCUUUCAAAAUGCGUCACCAGAAGGCAGUGCUGCUGUGCAGCGUUCGCAAGCUGCAGGUGUCUCUGGGCACUGUAACACCCUGGCUUUCGCUGCUGUAUCACAUUGCCUAUCACUUCCAGUGUCGAGGGCUCUACCAGAUUGCGGCCAUACACUACGGACAGAUAUGCGAGGCCUUCCUGGACGAUCGCUGCACCAAGGACGACUCCUCCGUCGUGGACAGCCUGCCGGUUCCUGCUUUGCCGGAAAUCGUAGAGCAGCGGGCCUUCUGUUUACUGAAGAGCGGUCUGUACGAGAGCUGCCGCGACGUCUGCAGUGCGACGAUUGCGUCGAACGAGCUGCCGCUGAGGUUCUACCGAGGCGUGGCUCUUGCUCGGCUGGAGAAAUUCGAUGCCGCCCUCGACGACCUUCACUGCGUCCUCGGGAAGCUGGAUCCGCAGGAGAAGCUGUUUUGGUGUCAGGUCCAUGUCAACGUAGGGCUGGUGUACGCCCUGCAGGAUCGACUCCAUGACGCUUUCGACCAUCUCGGCAGAGCUUUCGACUCGGCGCCAGGCAACAUGGACGCUGCUUACAGUCUGGCAUUCCUUCACUCACGAUUCGGCAACAUAGAAACGGCCCAGAACAUCUGGGCAAAGUUCAAGGCCACGGGCAACACGAAUAGUGCACAGGUGGAAGAACUGGAAAAAACCUUAGCGUGCACCACAAGGUGACGCUGAGUAAGAUGCGAUGUGUGUUUCACGAGACUUGGACAAUAUAGUUCGCAAGUUGUGCAUUGCCUGCACAAAAGCGCUAUGUAUCUCGUUCAUCUCUCUACGUGUAAAUAUGUCGUAAUUUGUAAGUACAUAUCUGUAUUGAAUGUGCAUUGUACAUCCGUGUCUUGCUCACGUCUGUUACGUGUAUUUUAUACGUUCUUUUCAAUCAUAAACGGUUAUAAAACUUUG